AUGUAUAAAUAAACAUUAGGAUAUGACCAAAAUAAAAUCAUUUGGUGAUAUUGUUCACAAGCGAAAAAACGGGAUAUGGAUUCAUUAAUUAUAAGGUUCUUUUACUGAGGUUUUUCAGGUCCCCUGCUUCUUUUGCACCACCGUUGCGGUAUCUGCAUCUCUGGGAGUGGAGAAAGAAGCAGUGGGAGAAUCAGACAUUGCCAGCAUGGCGUUUACACUGUAUUCACUUCACCACACUGCAGUUCUUUGCACUAAUGCAAUCGCUGUGUUGCACGAGGAAAGGUUUCUCUGCAAGAUCGGAUGGGGCGCUGACCAGAGAGUUGGAGGUUUUGGGGACGAUCCAAGAAUUAAAGCCCAGGUCCUCAAUCUAAUCCGUUCAGUCCGGACUGUCAUGAGAGGUCAGAAAUCUGUUUUCUUAUGUCCACAGAAAUGAAAGAUUCCAAACAUAAUGGACAUGUUUAUUUAUUAUGUCAUAUUUUGUAAGAAUGACCUGUCCUUUGAAAACUUCAGACAGUGAUGAAACAUGAAUGAACACCGUCAGUGUGUAGUAUUAGUAGUAUUUUUCUGCUUUUUAAAGGGUAAACAAACUUUUCAAUGGAGUCCCUUUUUAGAUUUAAUUUACUAUAUCGCCCUUUCUGAACAUGAAAUACAUACUUUUUUAUUAUUAAUAAAAUUCAUCAUAUAUUCAAAAUUGGUAAUGAUAUCAAUAAGUAACCAGAAGUCUCUAAUUCCAUGUCUAAUAAUUAAUUAAUCUAAAAUUGUGCAAUUUAUUCACUGAUUUAUUUUCUCUCUUUUUGAUUUCCACAGUGCCUUUAAUAAUAGUGAAUUCUGGGUGGGGGUGGCAGGUGUGGGAUAUAUGGGGCGAAGUCUUUUCUUUGCCCCCUUCAAUUCCAUUUCUCUUUGUUUAUUUGUAUAUUCUCUGUGUUGUGGUAAACCAGGGGAGAGAGACAGAUUUCAUUCCAUUUCAGUCAUUGCUUCCAAUUGAUGUAGAAA